AUGCCCGUGACUGUCUGUAUCGAUGAAGACAUUGAAAAGAGUGCAGCUUGUGACAGCUCCCUGUCAACAUUGAAAAGAGUGCAGGUUGUGACAGCUCCCUGUGGAAAAAAGAGUGCAGCUUGUGACAGCUCCCUGUGGAAGGCCUGUAUGCAGCUUGUGACAGCUCCCUGUGGAAGGCCUGUUUGUAAGGCUGUGACAGCUCCCUGUGAAAGACCUGUUUGUAAAAGAUUGCAUUUUGAUAGAGCAUUUCCAUAUCUGACCUUUCAUGAUCUUUGUCUAUUGAAUGUGUUUAUCCAGUUUAGCAUGUUAUGCUUAAAACCAAUCUUUCCCAAUUUUAGAAAUAGCUUCUCUUUCCAGACUAAGUCAUAUGCUGAUUUGAAAUCAUCGAAAGCAGACUAA